GAGGUAUCCACCUAGAUCAAUCAGCCAAAAAUGUCUCGUCUUACUGAGUACCAAGUUAUUGGUCGUCGUCUCCCAACUGAGUCCGUUCCAGAGCCAAAGUUGUUCCGUAUGAGAAUCUUUGCUCCAAACGUUGUCGUUGCCAAGUCCCGUUACUGGUACUUCCUCCAAAAAUUGCACAAGGUCAAGAGAGCUUCUGGUGAGAUUGUCUCUGUCAACGUUAUCUCUGAGGCCCACCCAACCAAGGUUAAGAACUUUGGUAUCUGGAUCCGUUACGACUCCAGAUCUGGUACCCACAACUUGUACAAGGAGUUCAGAGACGUCACCAGAGUUGGUGCCGUUGAGACCAUGUACCAAGAUUUGGCCGCUCGUCACAGAGCCAGAUUUAGAUCUAUCCACAUCUUGAAGGUUGUUGAGCUUGAAAAGACCGAGGAUGUCAAGCGUCAAUACGUCAAGCAAUUCUUGACCAAGGACUUGAAGUUCCCAUUGCCACACCGUGUCACCAAGACCAAGGCCAUCUUUGCUCCAAAGAGACCAACCACUUUCUACUAAAUGGAGUGAAAAGUGUUGAAGAGGUGUUGUAUAGGGGAUUGUUGUGUUUUUAAUUUUACAUCGGUUCUGGAUUUACAAGAGAAUGUAUAAUGAAAAU